AUGAACAAACCAGGAGUUCCAGAGUUUUCCGCCUUUGGACCGUCCCACUUUUUGGUACAAUUGUAUUCGUGUGGUUAUGCAGCCCAAUGCAAACUGAAGAGUUGUUCGGCCUUUGGAUACCUGGUAUGCCGAUCUGGAAGCACUUUCUUCAACUUCUACCGACCGUGCCGAGUCAAUCCAGAGAACGGACAAGAUUAUUAUACUCCUCCGCAAUGGCGUGAAGUGUUUGGUGAACUUGGUCACUUAUAUGCUGGAAAGAUAAUAGCAAGUAAGCUUCGACAUUUCAAAGAAAGCUUGCCUGUCUUCAUGAUCAGACAAGCAUCACUCCACGGGCUUGAAGAUCGACGGAGCGGGCUAUGCGGUCAAACCAGCAAGCGUGCGGAUGUGGGUGUCAAGACGGCCGCAUGGUACUACGUGGCAUACCAUCCCAAUGAACGGUGCCGCGAUUACAGUUUCGAAGGCAGGUUCUUCACUUUUCCUUGGGUUGUAUAUGACUACUUAUGUGAUUUGGCCAGCAAGAAUGGACAUCGCGUUCCCGCGGAAGAUCAGACCCAGCCGAUAGACGAUUUCGUUAUUAAAGAAAUGCAGAGGAAGUACGCCCGCGUCAAGCGCCCAAUCCAUUUAUCCGUCCACGUCAGUGAUUCUGAGGAAGAUGAUGAAGAAUAUGAUGAUGAUGACACCGAUGCGAGCAGCGAAGAAAGCGAAGAAGAAGAAGAAGAAGAAGAAGAAAUAGUGGAGACUAUGUCUUCUGUCGUACUUGCUAUGAUAAAAUAA